CAAGUGUAAUAAACUUUUUGGGAAAAUUCAGUCGUUCGAUGGUCAAAAGUAAAAUUUGUGAUCAUGUCGUACGCUCUGUACCAGGAUCCAAUGCAAAGCCAGCCGAUGGUUAUACCGGCAAAUGGGAUAGGAAAUCGAUUGACUCCCGAGUCCUGGAGCUUGAAGGAUCCGGCCCUGCUGCGGCACGUCCUCGCAACGAUGAUCACUCUACGCAACCUAUUCCACUUUUAUCUGUGCUGGCGUCAAAUACGCAAAUGCACCAUCCGUAUUGAACCACCGCCAGAGCUGCAAGGGGUCAUGUCAAAGGAGCAGUUCAAAACGGCCAAAAACGAGGAGAUGCAUGCUGUGGAGAACAUGAUGGUAGCAUACAUCUUCGAUGCCAUACUGAGUUGCAUCGAACUGUACCUGUCCGUCUUUCCAAUGCUUUGGCGCCUGGUCAUGAAGAUUUACAGCAUUGUGGACGAUCUGAUAUGGCAGAGCAUAGCAUUUGUCGCGUUGUUCAGCACCUAUAUGGUCAUACGAACCUUGCCGCAAAUCUUUUACAGCCGAAUGUUCCUGACACCCUUCUACGAUCCCCAACGGGAGAAGUCGCUGCCUCUGGUGGGCUUGCUGUGCUCAUUCACAUUGCUGGUCGUCCUGCUGCAGGUGGGUCUGGUUCCGCUGACAGCCAUCUUCUUGGUAAUUGAAACCACUAGUUCACGUUUCUUCCUGCUCUGGAUAUGGGGUGUUCUUAUCCUUAUAUCGAGCAUAGCAAUACUUUCGUUCUGUUUGUUUGGCCUGCCAUGCCUGGGCGCGAAGGUCAAGGCGCCCGUGGAUGAAAAUCUGAAAAAUGUCUUGCAGGAUAUUUUACAGAAGUUUGGAUUCAAGCCAGAACAUAUUUACAUUUUAAGAACCUUUCAGAAUAUGUCUCCAACGGCCUAUGCCUGGGGCUGCUACUGCUACAGGCGAGUGUUCAUUAUGGAGUCACUGUUAUUGAACCAUGGCAAGCCAGUGGCCCAACUGCAAGAGGAGGACGUCGGCAAGGGCUUGGAGGACAAUCAGCUCGAGGCGUAUAUUGCCCACGAAUUAUUCCAUUGGCGUAGCCAAGACGUUCUGAAAGCAUUUGCCAUCAUCCAUGUCACACUGCUGAUAUAUUUUCUGUUAUUCGGCACCGUCUACCGGCAGGAUGUACUCUAUGAGGCGGCAGGAUUUCAGUCCAAGUUCUAUCCACCUAUCGUCGGCUAUUGGCUGGUAUACAAGUAUGUGAUGCCCCUGUAUCUGACGAUAACCAAUUGGAUAAUAUUCUACGUACUGCGCUACCUGGAGUACGAGGCCGAUCUAAAGGUUUGGAAAUUGGGUUACGGCGCACCGUAUGUCGAUGCUCUGGUCAAACUGUUUGGUGACAGUCCAACGUAUCCCUAUAUGGACGAUUGGUAUCUCAUGUGGUAUCGCUAUAGACCCACAACUCUGCUGCGCAUCCGGAGACUCGAUAAAAUGGUGACUAGAAUCAGCUUACGUCGCCAAACUCGAGGAACUGUUUAAAUCGAUGUGUUGUCUUUGGUUCCGCAGAAUC